UAUUCCUUGGGAAGAUGUAAAUUUAUCGCGUUGGAACUCUACGGAUUUACUUCGUUAUAAAUCUAAAUCAAAGAAUUAUAAUGAUAACCUAGUUACCAUACCAGAAGAAUUGCCAACAUUAAUAAUACGAAUUCCUGUUGCCACUGCCAUUAAUGAUAGUUGGUGGAAACAAACCAGCUAUUUAAUUAU